CAGGGAUUCAGGACAACGUCUAGCUGAGAUUCUGUGCAGUUUGGAGAACACCCAAAUCUCACUCCUGGCUGGCCCCUACCGUCCCUCCCCUCCCAGGAAUCCCCACGUGACCCAUUUUGGAUGCAGGAGCUUCUUGAGACUUCAUCAUCUUCAUUGGUUUUGCCAGCAGUUGACUGUCAUGCUGUCAGUCAUUUUUCAGGCCACCUCCAGAAGACUCUGAACUGGAACUUGGUAAAUGUAGACAGCCCUGACAUAACAAAGCUAAGAGUGAAUAUCUCCAAACCCAAUUUAUUUGAGAUAAACCUACCACCAAUCAGAAGAAAAGAUGAACUUCCCACUCAAAACAAGCUCAUGGAAAAUGAUGAAAUAAUUGGAAGGUUUCUCAGAUCUUUGCAGCUACAAGGAAUUCCAUUUUUAGCCAUUUAUACAGCCAAGCAACCAUCACAGGUACCUGUGAGACAUGAUAUUAUGUGGCAUAGGAAGCGACAAUUAAUGUCUGUUCAAAGUGAAGCAAUUGACUUAUAUCCUCCCCUGAAUGUAACCAAUGGGACCAACACCACAUGCAUCCUUUUCUAUGCAACUAAUUUCACACUUACAGUCAACACCACCAUUCACAUCAAUCUAACAAAUUCGACAUUUCUGUCUGAUGGUGUGGACACGAAUUCAUCUGUUUGUUCAGACACCAAUGCAACAUUGUCAUUAAAAUACACCAACCUGGAGAAUGAGAAGAUUGACAUCGAGACCCUGGAAAUAAGAUUUUUGAUGACCAAUAUGUUCUACACUAGCUCUUCAAAGAAUUGGUUCACUUUAGAUUUUAUUCAUAUCCUGCAAGAUAACAGGGAUGCUGAAGAUGAACCUGCUAUUUUUAAUGUCUCUACUAUCUAUGGCCCUGCAGAGUACUCAUUUCAUUGCCCCUUGGUGGGCACAGAGAACCACUAUGAUGUAACCCUAAUUCCAGCUAAUGAUAAAGCUACAAAAUGGAAAAUUGAUAUUUCUGAUUUCCAAAUUCAAGCUUUCAAUAUUGAAAACAACGUGUUUUCCUACGCAAGUGACUGCACAUCAUUUUUUACACCUGGAAUUUGGAUGGGUCUGGUCACUUCCCUAAUUUUAUUAUUGAUCCUUACCUAUGGAAUCCACAUGAUUAUGAAUCUUACCACCAACAGUAGAUUUGAUGACCCCAAAGGUCCAGCUCUUUCAGUCCCUCAAACAGAAUGUGAGGCUACUAUGAAUGGGCUUUAAGAUGAUGACUACUAGAUGGCAGCUGAAAGAAAACUUCCGUUAUUGCCAUCUAGCGAGUGACCAGAUUUUUUUUCAGCCCAGAUAUAUUAGUCUUUUUCAGAAAGGCACAGGAUCAUAUUUACAGUAUUGACAUCCUCAAGCUUGCACCUCAAUUUUACUUUAAUUUUUCAUCCAUUCUCUUUCUUAUUCCUUCAAGUAAUAGUCAAAGCGAAUGGCACAAUAAUUUAAAACAAUGUUAAAAUGUUAAGAUAAACUCAAAGGAGUAGGAUUCAGCACAUUUGUAUAAAAACAGGGGUAUUUGGAGUGAGAAGCCAAAAAAUAAAAACAUUACUGUUUCAGAAUUUUGUGCAGGAUUCCAGUGAUCCUUUAUUAAUUAAGAGUCAGCAUAAAUACAUGAAUUUAGGACAGUGGAUUCAAGCCCCACUUUAGGCAUGAAAGCUGAUUAGAUGACUUUGGUCAGUUACUUUGUCUCAGCCUAACCCAUCUCACAAGGUUGUUAUUGUGGCAGGAAAUAGAAGACAAGUGUUAAAUAUGUUUGCCACCUGAGUUAUUUAUAAAAAGUAAUAAUGGUGAGAUUUAUUUUUUUAAAAAGAAAAUAUGCUCAAUGAAUGAAAGCUGCAGUAAGAGCAGUCAACUAAUGGAGUAGAUUGCUUCAUACAAAUGAGACAUUCCCCUUCACUGGAGGUUAGAUGACCAUCUAUCCAGAAUGCUUUAGCAGUGAGCAAUGAGUUGACCAGGAUGACAUGUAAAGUCCUUCCCAACACCUGUUUUAUGGACCUCUUACUAAUAAAUAGUUCGGCUUGAAAGAUGCCUAGACAUACCAAGCCAUGUCGUAGUUUCACUGAACAACUCACACAAUUUCUUCACACACGUAUCUUGACUAGCCAGGGUCUAACUUUAUGUUGCCUCUAUAAAAUGGCUAUUUGUGUUCUUUUAGUCAGAAAAGCCUUUCUCAGACUGAAGACAAAAUUUUACCCAUAAACUAUAUAAAAUCUCUGUGUUAUAUCUGUUUCCUCUGCAUACACAUCUGAGGAAAAUUUAUUUUCAUGCUUCUGUUUGAUCAGACUUGAGGGUGGGUGAGGGAAUGCUGGAUGGUUUUACUUUUACUUAGUCUGAAUAGCCUUGUGUUUUUUACUUAUCUGCUGUCAGUUAAUAUUCCAUGCCAAUUUACAAUUAAAGGUGCAUUGGAUUACUUUAUUAGUUAGGCAUACUGACACAUUUACGCAGCCAGCAUCCUAUUUUAUUUUAUAGAAAAAAUAUAAUCUAUUUUGACACUGUGGUAUCUAUUUCCUGGGUAGAAGCCCUUCAAGCAAUAUUUUGAAGCAGAGCGAUAUGUUCAUAAUUCUUACAGGGACACAGGAGAUAGCAUAUCUCAGAAAUUAAUGUGGCAGCCUCUGGCUCUGCUAAUAAGACUUGCAAUUUCUUCCCAACAAGAGAACAAAAUUGAAAGCUGUCAUAAGGAGACCAUCCUCUCAUAGUGUUGGUGGUACAAAUCAAUGACAUACUGAAUAAAUACCUAUUGUGAACCUCUGACCACAAGAGGGAAAUAAAGUAAGCAUAAAGAGUUGUCUACGACUCUGCCUGAUUUUGGUCUAUGUCAGCCCUUCACGUUAGUCCAUACAAGAAGCAAGAAACCAUGAUUGCCCUAUUGUAAGGUUACAGCAACAGAAUCUUGCAAGUCUGAAAGAAUUUCUGCAUUCCCAUACUUUUACUUUCCAGACAACUAGACAGGGUCCCUUCUGAGACUUUGAAUAUUUCUUUUCCUUCUGUAGGCUGAGAUACCUUUUAUGUGAUUGUUGACUAGUCUGCGGCUCUUCUUUCUGAUCCCCAAGAUCAUUCUCACAUUCCAUUACAGUCUUAGAGUUUGCAUAUCUGUGGUCACUUUAUUUUGCCAUUCUUCCCACAUACCAUGAGCACAUGCCCUUAGUCUUCCUAGCAAGAUAAGAUAUAAUGCAAAAGAGCACAAAAGUGCCUACCAUUCCUGUCCUAUUGUUCUCUUCAUUAUAGUAUUAUAUGCAUACUUUUACUUAUACUUUUACUAAUAUAUACUUUUUCUCUCAUGAUGAA